UCAUCUCCGUAACCUUAUUUCUUAUAUUGGGUCAGCUCUGAACAUCUUACUAGUAGUGUUGGACGUGUACUGGUUCUAUAUUCGUUUAUAAUAGAUUUGGUCUGACGGGGUAUUGUUAGUAAGGACUUUUGUUUCCAGAAAAUGGUUCGUAUAGUUUGUUGUUCUGCUGUUUUGUAGUUCCACAUUUAAGGAAUAGGUCUUUUUAUUGUGGGGCUUUGAAAUUCUUUCUAGGUGUUUUCUUAGAUUCCUUGUUCUGGGCGGUCAGUUUCGUGUCUCGAGUAUGUAAGUAACCGUGCCGGGUUUGCUGUAGGGUUUUGUUUUGUCAGUUCUUUGGAAGUGGCUUGGAGUGUAGAUAUCUCACUAUCUCUGCCCGUUCAGCUGGGUCAUUUGGAUCAGGUUCAUUACAGAGUGAAAAGCUCAUAAGUGUACAUCUAGGCUUGACAUUUUAUCGGAUCGGAUGAAGCUUGGAAAAUGGCUUGGAAUUCUGGUUUUGCUCGUUGUUGGCAUUUUCAGUCGUUCAUUAGGUGCAUUUGUGGGGAUAAACAUUGGCACUGGUGUUUCCAAUUUGCCACCAGCUUCAGAUGUUGUUGCGAUUCUCAAGGCCCAUCAGAUUACUCAUGUACGCCUUUAUAAUGCUGAUUCUCACAUGCUGAAAGCCCUAUCUAACAGUGGGAUUGAGGUAAUGGUUGGUGUCAUAAAUGAGGAAGUUUUAGGGAUCGGUGAAUCUGCAUCAGCAGCAGCAACCUGGAUUAAUAAAAAUGUUGCAGCUUAUUUGCCUUCAACCAAUAUUACGGCAAUUGCCGUCGGCAGUGAGGUCCUCUCCUCAAUCCCUAAUGCAGCUCCAGUUUUAGUUUCCGCCAUGAAUUACCUUCAUAAAGCACUAGUCGCUGCAAACCUCAAUUUUCAGGUCAAAGUUUCAACUCCACAGUCCAUGGAUAUAAUUCCUAGACCUUUCCCUCCCUCCACUGCCACCUUCAAUUCUUCAUGGAACUCUACUAUUUACCAACUCCUCCAGUUUAUAAAAAAUACUAAUUCCUAUUACAUGUUAAAUGCCUAUCCCUACUAUGGAUACACGAAAGGAGAUGGCAUUUUCCCAAUCGAUUAUGCUCUUUUCCGACCACUUCCCUCAGUCAAGCAGAUUGUUGACCCAAACACUCUUUUCCACUAUACCAGCAUGCUUGAUGCUAUGGUGGAUGCUACAUAUUAUUCUAUAGAAGCUUUUAAUUUUUCUGGAAUCCCUAUUGUUGUAACAGAGACUGGCUGGCCGUGGUUUGGUGGAGCAGAUGAACCAGAUGCCACUGUGGAAAAUGCUGAAACUUUUAUUAAGAAUCUAGUCAAACGAGUUCUAAAUAAUUCAGGUCCACCUAGUCAGCCAAGUAUUCCCAUUAAUGCUCACAUUUAUGAAUUAUUCAACGAAGAUAAGAGGCCUGGGCCAGUGUCAGAGGAAAAUUGGGGUAUUCUUUUUGCUAAUGGUUCGACUGCUUAUCCAUUGAGUUUGAGUGCUUCUGAUCGGAUUACAGAGAAUUCUUCUGUGGUUUUCUGUGUGGCAAAACCUGGUGCAGAUUCUGAUAAGUUGCAAAGUGGCCUAAACUGGGCUUGUGGACCAGGCCAGGCUAACUGCACUGCCAUUCAACCCGGGAAGCCAUGCUAUUACCCUGAUAAUCUUGAAAAUCAUGCUUCUUAUGCUUAUAAUGAUUAUUAUCAAAAGAUGCGAAGUGUUGGUGGAACGUGUGACUUUAGUGGUACAGCUGUAACCAGCACUAAUGAUCCCAGUAAUGGAUCAUGUCAGUUUGCAGGAAGUUCUAAUUCAAGCACAAGUGGGGGAUUUUCACCUCCUGUUGCACUUGGCCCUGCAAACCUAUUUGACGGGAGCUCGAAUUCAAUGAGGCACAAUUCCAAGCUUCAGCACAUGAUAUCUGCCAUAUUUGUUGCUCUAGCGUUACAUUGACUUGUAGAAGAUCCUUCAAGUUGUCUUCCAUCUUGAGCGUUAAAGCAUUACUGCUGUGAUUGUAAUUUCAAGUAAUGAUGGAAAUCUUCGCAUAUCAUUUUCAUCAUGGCUGUUCAUCAAUUUUGGUUGUUUCUUGUUUUGCUUUUAUGGUCCGUCCACCUCUGCUUCUUAUCAGGCGGGAUGUCUUUUGGGUUCAUUCAUUGUAAUGUAUUCUUUUUAGGUAGUAGUAGGUCACUAGGAUUUUUGGGACGAUGUAAUUGUACCUUUGAUUUUGUUCUUUAACAAUGAACAAUUCAGCGUACAAAUAUCCUUUCA